UCCAUUAUUCUGGUCUGAACUCUCAGAAGGGCUCUAACGGUUUUUAGGCGAUUUGAGUUUGGCAGUGUAUUUAGCGCGCCGGUAACAGCUACACCUACUGCAUUGGCCGUAGGCGCCAUGCAUUCCUCGGUCGUCACAUCACGUAAACUAGACCGCCAACAGUGACAUGAUUAUGGGAGAGGAUGAAGGCGAAAUAGAAGGCGGGGGUGGUGGGAAUGAUGACUGUUUGGACGAUGGCGACGAGGAGGUAGCCGCUAUGAUGGGGCCUCCGGUAAAAUUUGGUUGUUCAAAAAAGUGUAAGAAAAUAAGAAGACCUUUGCCACCCCGUGAGACAUGGAAAAAAAAAAUUGAAUUUUUGCUGGCUGUUGUUGGAUUUGCCGUAGAUCUAGGCAACGUUUGGAGAUUUCCGUACAUUUGUUAUCAAAAUGGUGGAGGCGCGUUUCUUAUACCAUAUGUGGUAAUGCUGGUAUUUGGUGGUUUACCGUUAUUUUAUAUGGAAUUAGCACUGGGACAAUUUCAUCGAAGUGGAUGCCUUACAGUGUGGAAAAAAAUCUGUCCAGCACUAAAGGGUGUAGGGUAUGCUAUAUGUUUAAUAGACAUGUAUAUGGGAAUGUACUAUAACACAAUUAUAAGCUGGGCAGUUUACUAUCUAUUUUCUUCGAUGAGAUCUGAACUUCCCUGGACUAGCUGUGACAAUCCGUGGAAUACCUUAAACUGCACUCCUGUCACCAAUUUAACAGGUCUCGUCAACAAUAUCUCGACGAGUCCGGCCAAAGAAUUUUUUGAGAGAAGUGUUUUGGAACAGCACAGAUCGAACGGAUUAGAACGAAUCGGCGGCAUCAAGUGGUCUCUGGCGUUGUGCUUGUUGGCAGUAUUUUUAUUAGUUUAUUUUUCUUUGUGGAAGGGCGUCAGGAGUACAGGUAUGGCUGUUUGGAUUACAUCACUCGCCCCUUACGUCGUGUUGUUCAUGUUGCUUUUUCAAGGUAUAUCGUUGCCGGGCGCUGGCGAAGGUAUUCGAUAUUACUUGACGCCACAAUGGGACAAACUGCUAAAUACCAAAGUUUGGAUAGACGCGGCAUCGCAAGUAUUCUUUUCCCUGGGCCCUGGUUUUGGUACGCUCCUGGCACUCUCGAGCUACAACAAAUUUAAUAACAAUUGCUAUUGGGAUGCCAUACUGACUAGUUCUAUAAAUUUCCUUACUAGUUUCUUGGCCGGUUUCGUUAUAUUUACUAUGCUUGGAUACAUGGCACACGUUCAAAACAAGAGUAUUUCCGAAGUGGGAGCUGAAGGUCCUGGCUUAGUGUUCAUAGUGUACCCCGAAGCCAUCGCUAUGAUGACUGGCUCUGUCUUGUGGGCUAUAAUAUUCUUUUUGCUACUUAUCACAUUAGGUUUAGACAGUACAUUUGGCGGGUUAGAAGCAAUCAUCACAGGUUUGUGUGACGAGUAUCCAAAUGUUUUGAAAAGAAACAGAGAGUUGUUUGUCGCUGCGUUAGUGGCUGUCAUUUACAUUUUGUCGUUACCAACAACCACUUAUGGAGGAGUUUACUUGAUAAAUUUGUUGAAUGUAUUUGGACCUGGCAUCGCUAUACUGUUUGUUGUGUUCGUCGAAGCUGCUGCAGUUUGUUGGGUUUACGGCGUUGACAGAUUUGCUAACGACAUUGAAAUGAUGAUAGGACACAAACCUGGUUUAUUUUGGCGCUUAUGCUGGUGUUAUAUAAGUCCUGCGUUCCUAUUGUCGAUAUUUGUUUUCACUAUUUUGGGGUAUAAAGAUAUGAUGGCUGGUUAUAACUAUAAUUAUCCAGAUUGGAGCAUCAAUAUUGGUUGGUUAAUGACGGCAUCUUCGAUCAUAUGCAUACCCGCAUAUUUUAUCUAUAAAGUAAUCAAGACUCCAGGACCGUGGGAAAAAAAAUUUCAGUUAGCAAUGAAACCGGAGGACCCGGAGCCUGACAAUAGAAACAUCGUUGCCGCUGUUCGUAACUUGGGAGUAGAAGUUGGCGGUGGCGGCACGCACGUCUGACUUGAAUGGCUCGUCUGAAGAGUUCACCGUCUGAAACCUAGAGGCGGAUAUGGCACAGACAGCGCGCCUAGGACUGUUCUAUGGCCAUCGGAAUCGGAUCAGUCUUCAACAUACCACAUAUUCUCUCGUUGGACAAUAGUUACAGUGCAGUAAAAUUUUCCAUUUACUGAGACUGCGUUCCCCUUUAUAUUACUCAGCUGCCUAUACAGCCAAUUCCAUAAUUAUCAUUAAAAAAAAAUAUAUGAUACCUCAAUGUUAUAAGCAUUUGAUAAAGUAAACACAUUGUAUUUAGUGAAAAAUGAAAUUAUUAACCGAUUUUCGUAUGAUAUAUUAUUAAUACUCAACUGUUUUAUUGUAUCGUUACUCCAAGAUUUAAGUAUACUAGUUUUGACACUAUUAUAUUUAGAAAUUAAAAAUAUGUGAGUAUGUGUGUGUGUUUUAAGUAGUGAAUAAAAUAUAUUCAUGUUUUGAAUAUAUUCAUAACAUAAGUUACUAUUACUUAUAAUUAAUGUCAAAUAUAUAAUUUACAAUUAAGUCUUAAAAACAAAAUGUCCUGUUCAAUAUACAUCUAACAUCUGAUGUUGUACAAAUUUGAGUAAUAAUUUAUAUGAUAACAUAAGCGUGUGAUUUUUCAAUCAUAAAUGUAAAAUAUUAAGUGUAAUUGUGAAUUUAGAGAAUAAGUUAUCAAGCGUUAAUAUUGUAAAAUAUAAAUCACGAAGGGUUUGUUAUUUAUUAAUAGUUCAGGUGUUUUAGCCUGUAGUAGAUGAUUUGAUAAUUAACUAGUAUUAAUAUUUAUUACAAUUUCAGUGUUUAAUAUAUAUGUGCGUGUAUGGAUAUUUAAUUGUUUUAAAAGCUUUUAAAUUUGAAAAAUAAUUAUUGAUGUUUUAUAACUGUUGCGAUUGAACUAUAAUAAUAUGGUAGAAAUAUGAUAAAGUUCAAAGCUUUAGUUUACUUAAAAAUAUCAGAAUCACUUUUGUAUUCUUAUAUGAAUGUUAUGUUGUGUUCUUAUCAUGAAUAUUAGUUAUAUUGAAAUCAGGUAAGAAACUAUUGAAGCUUUAAUUAGAAUAAGUCUAUAUUAAGUUAAUAAUAAUUCUUUUAUAGGACUCAGUAGCAAUAAUAUAAUUAUAUAUACAGUUACCAAAAAUAAUGAUAUG